AUGGCCUCAGUUGAAGUACCUGAAGUGAGGGCUAGGCAGGUUACCUUGGGAGUAAUAAGAGGGGAAGAGGAUAAGGACUCAUCCUUUCUUCAGUCUUCUUUUUUCUUUUUGUCAGAUUAUGUCUACUUCGAAAAUUCUUCAAGUAACCCAUAUUUGAUACGAAGGAUAGAAGAGCUCAAUAAGACUGCUAAUGGAAACGUGGAAGCAAAGGUGGUGUGUUUCUACAGAAGAAGAGACAUAUCAAGUACACUUAUUGUGUUGGCAGACAAACAUGCAAGAGAAAUGGAAGAAGAGAUGGAAAAUCCAGAAAUGGUUGAUUUACCAGAGAAACAGAAGCAUCAGCUACGACAUCGUGAGUUGUUUCUCUCACGGCAGCUGGAAUCUCUGCCAGCCACACACAUUAGAGGCAAAUGCAGUGUGACUCUGUUAAAUGAGACAGAAUCCCUUAAAUCGUACCUGGAACGGGAGGAUUUCUUCUUUUAUUCACUAGUAUAUGAUCCUCAACAAAAGACCCUACUUGCUGACAAAGGAGAGAUUCGAGUUGGAAACAGAUACCAGGCAGAUAUAACAGACUUACUAAAAGAGGGUGAGGAUGAUGGAAGAGAUCAGUCAAAACUUGAAACAAAAGUUUGGGAAGCCUUUAACCCACUAGUAGACAAGCAGAUAGACCAGUUCCUGGUGGUAGCACGAUCUGUUGGUACAUUUGCCCGAGCACUAGAUUGCAGUAGUUCUGUCAGACAGCCAAGUUUGCACAUGAGUGCUGCAGCAGCCUCUAGGGACAUCACACUGUUCCACGCUAUGGACACUUUGCACAAAAAUGCCUAUGACAUUUCCAAGGCAAUCUCUGCACUCGUGCCACAAGGUGGGCCAGUCCUGUGCAGAGAUGAGAUGGAGGAAUGGUCUGCUUCAGAGGCAAAUCUCUUUGAGGAAGCACUAGAAAAAUAUGGAAAGGAUUUCACUGACAUUCAGCAAGAUUUUCUCCCGUGGAAGUCCUUAACAAGCAUAAUAGAAUAUUACUAUAUGUGGAAAACUACAAACAGAUACGUUCAGCAGAAACGAUUGAAAGCAGCAGAAGCAGAAAGCAAGCUAAAACAAGUGUAUAUACCCAACUAUAACAAGCCAAACCCCAACCAGAUCAAUGUAAAUAAUGUCAAACCAGGAGUGGUAAAUGGUACUGGAGUACAGGCACAGAACGCGGCAGCAGGACGGGCCUGUGAAAGCUGUUAUACCACACAGUCUUACCAGUGGUAUUCUUGGGGUCCCCCUAACAUGCAGUGUCGCCUCUGUGCAUCCUGUUGGACCUACUGGAAGAAAUAUGGUGGCUUGAAAAUGCCAACACGGUUAGAUGGGGAGAGACCAGGACCAAACCGCAAUAAUUUGAGUCCUCAUGGUGUGCCAGUCCGGAACAGUGGGAGUCCCAAGUUUGCUAUGAAGACACGACAGGCUUUCUAUCUCCAUACAACAAAGCUGACAAGAAUUGCCAGACGUUUAUGCCGAGACAUCCUGCGCCCCUGGCACGCUGCCAGACACCCCUACCUGCCCAUUAACAGUGCAGCCAUCAAAGCAGAGUGCACAGCACGUUUGCCUGAGGCAUCAGAAAACCCGUUGCUAUUAAAGCAGGUGGUUCGAAAGCCUUUAGAAGCAGUGCUCCGGUAUUUAGAGUCUCAUCCAUGUCCUCCGAAACCAGAUCCUGCAAAGAGCUUGUCCAGUUCUCUCAACAAUCUGACUCCUGCUAAGUUUACACCUGUCAUUAAUAAUGGGUCCCCAACUAUCCUGGGAAAAAGAAGUUAUGAACAACACAAUGGAAUGGAUGGCAACAUGAAGAAGCGCCUGUUGAUGCCUAGCAGGGGUCUGCCUAACCACGGACAAACCAGACAAAUGGGACCAAGCCGAAACUUGCUGCUCAAUGGGAAAUCAUACCCAACAAAAGUCCGAUUAAUUCGUGGUGGAUCCAUGCCUCCAGUCAAAAGGAGGAGGAUGAACUGGAUUGAUGCACCAGAUGAUGUUUUUUACAUGGCCACUGAAGAAACCAGGAAGAUCCGCAAGCUGCUUUCCUCCUCCGAAGCCAAGCGAGCCGCCCGACGCCCUUACAAGCCCAUUAUCCUCCGGCCCAUCCAGGCAGUGCAGCUGCGCCAGCCCAUGAACGACGAGCCCAUCAUCAUCGAGGAUUAA